UCCCAGCGAUGGACUUUACUGAUCUGCUUUUACCAUGAAACUCCUUUGACACAACCACAGCUUGUAGUAAGAGCAAAUAUAAAAGUCAUAUCUCGUCUGCCCAUCAUCCCACCCCUGUUUUCAAAGUUUGGUUUAACAUUUCUUCCGCUUUUUGUAACGUAAAAGAAAAAUCGGAAGUUGGACCGAUUGAGAGAUAAGCUACGGACAUUUUACUUUAUUGGUACGACCUUCUCUGGCAGGAGCGCAAAGCACUGUGAGACGGUCAGCAUGGAGAUGGAGAUUCUGGACAAUGUGAUCUUUCUGGGUACUAUCACUCUGCUCAGUGCUCUUCAGAAUGUAUUCUUUGCGUACACAGUGCAGAAUGAAUCCCUCCAGAAGCGGCCGACUCAUAGCGCUUUCGACCGGAUCAAUAUAGCAAACCAUAAUUGCGCUGAGGUUUAUCCCACAUUUCUUGCUUUACUGUGGACUGCUGGAAUUUUCUGUAGUCAAGCUCCCGCAGCCUUCGCUGGAUUGUUGUAUUUGGUGGUGAGGCACAAAUACUUCGUGGGUUAUUUAGGAGAGAACAGUCAAAGCCUUCCUGGUUUCUUUUUCGGAAAACGUUUGAUGGCAUUCUUAUUCAUCAUGGCAACUGCUGGAAUUAUCAACUAUGCAACAAACUAUUUCUUUGAAAUCAACUUUCUGUAUUACAUUCAAACAGCCACAAAAGCCUCUGCUGCAUUGCUUCUUAUUCCCUAAUCAAGUAGAAGACAUUGUUAACAUUAACAUAUAAGCUUUAAUAACUCCAAUCAUUUGCUAACAUAGACUCAUACAGCACAGAGUCAGACCCUUCAGUCCAACUCACCCAUGCCGACCAGGUUUUACAAAGGAAACUAGUCUCAUUUGCCUGCAUUUGGCCCAUAUCCCUCUAAACCUUUCCUAUUCGUGUUCCUGUUCACAUGUCUUUUAAAUGUUUUAACUGUACCUGUAUUUCCCACUUCCUUUAUUUUUUUAAGCAAAUUCAUUUGUGGCUGUUUGAUUAAAAACUGAAGCAAAGAAUUCAAUGUCUAUAUUGUUCCCCUUAUGACGAAACAAAAAAAUUCAAGUGGAACUUUAUUAUUUUAUCAUAUCAUGUAUAUACUUGAGGCACAGCAUUCAACAGAAUCAGAGCUGAAAGUCUGGGUCUAACAUUUGCACAACAGCUAAAGGGUAUAAUAUAAACAAGACCUUAGUGUCUUCAAUCAGAAGGACUGCAACUUCAUGAAACGGCAUCUCAUUGUACAGCAAGAGACAAAGUACUUCUGAUGGCACACACAAAAGGCACUCAGUCUAAUGUCCUCAUCAAAAUGGCAGCAGGCUACUGGAGGCAAAAUGGCAUCCAAAGUGCCAAGAAACCAGGCACUAUGGAUUUUAAUGUGGCAAAUUUCAUAGAAUCCCAACAGUGUGCAAACAGGCCCUUCAGCCCAACAAGUCCACACCAACCCUCGGAGCAUCCUACCCAGACCCAUCCCCCUACUCUACACAUCCCUGAACAAUACGGGCAAUUUAGCAUGGCCAAUCCACCUAGCCUGCACAUCUUUGGACUGUGGGAGGAAAGUGGAGCACCCGGAGGAAACCCACACAGACGCGGGGAGAAUAUGCAAACUCCACAUAGGCAGAAUCCGAACCUGGGUCCUUGGCGCUGUGAGGCAGCAGUGCUAACCACUGAGCCACCCUGAUUAUCUGUCCCCAAGGAUCUGAUCACUUCAAGGCAAGGCUCCCUUACUCCCCUCUGCCCCUGUCCACCUGCUGCUCUGUUCACAGCCCAACUACCAAUCGUGGCCCCGAUCUUUUCCAUUCAUUUUCCCAUCAUGGCCUCCUGUUGUUUGAUUUUGGUCUCAUCCAACAGCCAGGAUGUUGUCUGGUCGGGUGAGACCCUGGAGGUUGACACGGCCUCUGUGUCCCUGGCAUAAGUGAAUUUAUCAGUCAGUCAUGGUCUUCUCCAUUCCCACCCUUUAAAAUGAGGGUUAUUAAUAUUUUUAGAGCCACUUCAGCACUGUCCUAAAAUAAAACAGUUUCAUUUCUUUAAAUGAAUAUUCACAUAACCAAUCAAGAGAACUAUAAAUGGAAAAUGCUUUCAGGUUCUAUGAUGUAACCCAAAAUUUGCAAGGUCGUUGGUUAAUUCUUCCUGUGCCAGGAGAGCAACUACGAUGUAUCAUUGAUAUGAAUUAAAUUUGCAGAUCGUUAUCAAAAA